GGUGGCAUGGAAUAAUGAAUAGGGAUAAAUGUGGAGGACCGAUUAGCAGGAGACAUGUAGAGGGGUUGAUUCCACAAUAAGGGGUGGUUCGGAAUGCACUCUGGUGGUGAAAACUCAAACUAUCAUCAGCUUCUAACAAGUGGUAGCAAAACAACUUUCAAGUUGAUGUCGUCGCUGUGAAAGGUGGACACUUGUCAUGCGGUCUCUCUAACAAAACAUGAAUUAUUUGUGAAAGAGUUGUUAAAAUCAUUUGAAGUUGAAAGAGUCAGUGAAAACUUAUCAAAUAAUAACGAUUCUCAGUUGAUAUAGCACAGUACCCUGUUUUAGAAACAAAUCAUUAUCUUUCAAAUAAUUAUUUUGAUAGGGUUGAGUAAAGUUGACUGUCCAUUUUAAAAAAAAUUGGAGAAAAUUGAAUGUAUAAUUCAAAUAGUGAAGUUGACUGUUAAUUUUGAAAAAAACUAUUGGAUUUUUGAGUUGUGCUUUUCGGAAGACUACGUGGAAGAUUGUUGGAAAUUGCUGGAAAAACGAGUUUAAAGAUGAUGUCCAGCCAAGGCGAAGUACCAAAACAACCCUCAGACCUCCGCAAUGGUGACCUAGUAUCCCGUCUAUUGGCCGCCACUCCACCCUACCUCUACAACAUGCCACUACUACCCAACAGCUUCUUCUUCAGCGAAAUGUUGCGAAGCUUCGUUGCGGCAAAAAACUCGGCAACAUCGAACACAUCUCAUCCUGCAACACCAGGACGUCGAGGACGCAAAAGGUCUUGGAAAGACACCAAGGACACCACCAGGACCCCACAUCCUUCGUCCUUGAACCUUCAUCAAGAGGGGCUCAACAGGACACAUAAUCAACAUCAACAACAUUUGUCGUUGAACGUUCAACAUCAAGAGAACGCCAACAAUAACCAUACACAUCAACAUCAAUCCUUGAAUCUACAUCAAGAGAGUAACAAUAACAACAGAGAAGACAAGCCUCUAGAGUUGACAACAUCUAGAACCACACCUCCACCACCUAACAUCAAUAAUAACAAAAAUGUAAAUUUGAUUAACAAUGAAAACGUCAAUCUGAUGAAUAACGAGAAUGUCAAUCCAGCUCCUGGUGGUCUUCUACUGCCACCUCCAUUUCCCCCCACUACCCCUCAAGUUCCCUCCUCUCAAAUAUGGUAUCCACCCUCCAUGUACCAACCGCCACCACCUUUCGAUCCCCUCCACUUCUUUAUAGAUCUGCGCGUUUCGGGACACAUCUGGGACCAGACUAAGAAUAAUCCGGUAGACUCUGUGGUGGUGGAUCAGCCUCUAGAUCUGCAGACUGACCAUCAGAGGGUUGAAGAUGGUGGGGAUCUCAAGGCCACUCUGAUGCAGCAGAAUCAGGCAUCACUGUUCAAUGAUGGUCUGAAAACAACCUUGCUUCAGAAUCAAGCACUGUUCAAGGCGUCACGAAAGCAUCAUGUGUCAGCGUUUGCAGUGCCGCGACCAAGAGAAAUAGCGCCCGAAGUGAGACACAAAAUACUACCCGAAGUAGGACCUGAGGACAACAAGGAUGUACAUCAAACAGUGAGCGCCAACUAUGUCCUGCAGAAUUUGUCAAAGAUCUACAGAGAGGUGGAGAUUAAGUCUAAGAGAGAGGAAGAAGAGGUCAAAGUUGAGGAGAAGAAAGAGGAGACCCUUGGGAAGGUUGGAGAUGAGACCUCAAAGGUCAAAGAAGGUGAGAUUGGGAAUAAGGCCACGAAGAUCGAUGAAGACAACAAGGAGGUUUCAGAGAAGGAGAAAAAAUGUCGAGAUCUGAGGGCUUUAAUUGGCUUGGAACUGGUCAAGGACUAUGUGGGACUUAAGACUCCUCAUCCUCACACAAAAAAUGAUGAUGAUGAUUUGGAAAUGAAGAAGGAGGAAACUACAGAGCAGAUGAAUGAUGUGGAUGAUGAAGAUGAUGAUAGUAAUAUCCAGGUAGAUGAUGAUGAUGAGGAUGAUGAUGAUAAUUUUGUUGAUGAUGGUUUCAAAGCGAGAUCUAUCAACUUUAACAGGGGUGGGAAAUAUCUUGAUUAUUCUCAGGCCAGUUUGAAAGAGUGAGAAAAGUGAGAAUGUAAAAUCCAUCAAAUGUACAUGUUAAUAGGUUGUACAUAAGUUAAUAUGUUUAUUUAAUAUAUUUAUACAUCUGCAACUGAUUUAUUAUUACCACAGGGGCUUAUUGCAUAGUAAAAUUCAAGCUAAUAAUACCAGUAUUCAUUUGGUAACUUAUAAAAUUCCUGUUACAUGAAUUACAGGCCAUUAACUCAUUUCAUUGGUAAAUUUUAUCAAGUACUGUUUAAUCAACUCAUAUGAUGAUAGAUAAACAUUAUAGUAGCCGAAAAAGGAAUAGUUAUAUGAGAUUCCCUUAUGACUAAUAUUCUGUGAAAUUGGAUAACUUAUAAUACAAUUUACAACUGUUUCUUGAUGCAUCACAAAAUUAUAGAGCUUGUACAUUAGUAUUCUUUCACACUAGUAUUGUAAAUACUCACCUUAGGCGAGGUUGCAUAAAAGCCGGUAAAAUUUUAAUCGUGACUAAUUUCACGAGAACCAAUCAGAAAAGACAUUUUUGAAAAGACGGUUUCUCUGAUUGGUUCAUGUGGCAUUAAUCACGAUUAAAAUUCAACCGUCUUUUGUGCAACCUUUAGUACAUAUUAAUAUUAGUCCAUUCAUGCAAUGAGCCCCAGCAUAAAUAUUGAAUAUUAUUGACAUGCAUUAAAAAUUUAUAACAUUCAUGGAAUCUAGUCUAUCCUCACAAGCAACUGUUUAUCAUUCAUCAAUUGAAUGAGACCCCAAUAAUGUUAUUGAACAAUGAAUGUGCCAUAACAUGAAUAUUCAAUAGCAAUAUUUAAUAUUAAACGAUAUUUUAUACUGUAAAUGAUUUUAGAAAAAUCAAUGAGUCAAUCUCAUUCACAAAGGGAUCUCUGUAUUCUGAUCUCUUCUGUUACCUUGAACUAUGGAGAAUCCAUGUUGUUCAGAAUGAAUUCUAGUCUUUCUAGUAUUAUUGUAGGCCUAUAUAAUUAUCAUGGUGUAUGUCAAAUGGUUAUGAAAAAAAUGAUAUGAUCAAAAAACAUUGAGCACAGUACAAUAUGUGAUUCAGGGCCGGUUUCCGAGCUCGGGAUUUUGCCAAGUUCAUCAUCAUCAUCAUGGGUUUUUGCCAGGCUCUAGACUUUAAACAGCUGGAGUCAGAAAAUUGGCUUUCCGAAACGGGGCG